AUGGAGAAGAGCGAGAGAGGGCAGAGUGGAGAUGAUGAGGGGGGCUGGCAAGACGAAGUCGGCACAGACAAUAACAUGGGAGUGGUCACGUUGCCCAUGGUGCGAGGCCGAAGUGGAGCAGUGCGAGGAGAGGGGAAGCACAAGAGCUGCCGGCACAAGACUAAUGGCCACGGCGUUGUGUCCGACGGCUACUACGCGGCCAUGUUAGCACCCAGCUGUGUCGUCAUCUCCAAGGGGAGAGUGGGAGUCGGAGUCAGACUGAUUUGCGAGAGAAGAAGGGGCGGCCUUGAACAAGGCGGAGACGCUGGCCAGAUCCUCGACCAGACCUGCUGA